UUAUUUUCUGCUCUCCUUCCAACUUUCCAGCACUCACAUUCCCUCUAAAAUGGAGAGACAGACACAGUUUGUGCAUUUUGCCAAAUGGUCCUCUUUGGGCACCUUUUGGGAAGUCCUACUGAGCUGAGACAUCUAUUUACUUGAAGGCACCAUGGAUCUACCACUCUUGUUGGAAGCACUGGUUUGCAUAGGUGAGAAAGGAGAAAUUUCAUAAAUCUCAACAUUGGGGCUUUUGCAACAAUGUUAGGAUGCUGGUGAGUGGCGAUAAACCUGGAAUAGGUGGAGAACAACUUCUCGGGCAAAAGAUCAAGCCUAAAUAUAGCGCAUAUCCGAAAGGAAUAAGAUUUUAUGCACCAUCAUGGGUGGCCUUUGAUAAACAGGUAUUAUCUUUUGAUGCUUAUAUGGAAGAUGAGGUGCCUGAUAAGAAUCAAGAAAGGUAUAGAAUAAGACACUAUAAAAUCUACUUCUACCUUGAAGAUGACACAAUUCAAGUAAAUGAACCAGAGAUAAGAAAUAGCGGACUGCCUCAAGGGACUUUUAUCCGGCGUCAUAGGAUUUCUCUCCCACCUCCUGAGGAGGAUCAGUUUUAUACUGUGUAUCAUUUCAAUAUCAAUGUAGACGUCGUCUUUUAUGGCCGGACAUUCAAGAUUUAUGACUGCGAUCCAUUCACAAAAAACUUUUUGAAGAAAAUAGGAGUCAAAUUAUUUCCCCCAGGAAAGUGCCCAGAAGAUCCUUAUUUGAAGACACGGAGAGAGACGUUAGACCACACGGAGCCCUUACGUCCCUAUGAGCCCUUCGACACCCUGAAACAGUUCCUUGAGCAUGAUAGGCAGGUUUUGCGUUUCUUCUGUCUGUGGGACGACUCAACCUCAUUGUUUGGGGACCGUAGAGAACUCAUCCUGCAUUACUUUUUGUCUGAUGAUACUGUUGAAAUCAAAGAAGUGAUGCCACCCAACUCAGGCUGGGAUGCCAAGUCAUUGUUCCUCCAGAGGAGAAAGCUACCCAAGUAUGGCCCACCUGGAGUCUAUCAACCAGGCCAGAUAACAGAUCGGACUGUUCUCAAUGUGUAUGGUGGCUUGUCAGCGAGGCGAGUGGAUCGCUUCCUGAUAGAUAAAUACCAGCUAGGAAAAUUAGACCAGGAGUUUUACAAAGAUAGUGACCUGUCCAUAGGAACCACCAUCAAUGUGUGGGGAAGAAAAGUGCUCCUUUGUGACUGUGAUGAAUUUACGAAGUGUUACUAUAGGACUAAAUAUGGAGUUGAGAACUUUACCUCAAUUUCAUGCAAGCCUCCGCCUCCUCCAAAAAUAGAACGGAAAUUUUCGCCUUAUACUGGCUUUGGAACUGAAGAGGAUUCUCUCCGCUCCUGCAUAGGCCUUAUACCCACGCCUCAUCAGAGGGACUUCAAGAAGUUCAUGGAAAAAGACAGCUAUAGCAACAUAAGCAAUACACUCCGGUUUUUUGCAAAACUCAUCACACACGAAUGUGCUGACCUGGACAGGAUGUUUGUUAUUUCAUAUCAUCUCUGUGAUGAUACCAUGUCAGUGUUUCAACCUGCAGACAGGAAUUCAGGGAUUACUCCUGGGAUGUUCUUGCGAAGAGUUCGUGUUAAGAGACCUGGACAAGAAGUCUUUAAAAGUGAGCUAUCGGAAUAUAUCCAGCCUGAGGAGCUGUAUGUUGGAGCCAGAGUGAAUGUGAGUGGUUACCUCUUCCAUUUGCUCAAUGCCGAUGAAUACACCUUUAACUACAUGGAGAAGAAUUCAGAUAAGUUUCCUCUGAGCAACAUUGACCUUGCCCUACAAAAGCUGAAGGAAGUAGAAACGCAAUCCAGAGAGAUCAAGCAGGUUUUUUCAGCUGCUGACUUUAUGCACACAAAGACACUGGAUUAUAAUGCGUUCAGAAGCAUAAUGAUGAAUAUAACUUCUGGGAAACUCAUAGACCAUGAGGUUAUCACGAUUGCACGUCGCUACCGCGUGCCAGAGGACACAAAUCCACCUGUGAAUAUCUUAAUUGCAGUGGCACACGAACAGCUCAAGAAAAAUACUUUUGAGAAUUUUGGCAAACUAAUUGCUGUCUGCGUGUACGAAGAUCGAGAAAAAAAAAAAGUGUUACCCAGGAAAGACAUCAAAAGACUUUGCAAGUCCUGCAGAGUACCUCUGACUGAUAGUCUUCUAGAAUCCUUACUGUCCAGGUUUGCAGACAGUGAAGAACAAAUAAAUUAUGAAUUAUUUUUCUCUGCCCUGAACUGGAGAACAAAUCCAAUGCCUGAAAUGGAAUCAAUAUUGUACAACACUGAGACAUGUGAAGAUGUGUGGAUGGGGAGCCCAUCACCUAUUCCUGUGAGAUUCAUUAACUACUUACCUCUUUUAAAGGACGUUUUUGGCUUAGAAGAAGAGUAACUAUGCCAGAUUGGGUCAACUCUCUUUGACUGACUGCUCUAAUUUUGCCAAGUUUAUUUCAGUAGAUAUUUCAAUUUUUAAAAAAAGAAACAUGGAUUGUAUUGAAUUGAAAUCCAUAAAUGACAAUUUUUUGUCACUUGCCUUUUCAGAACAUCACAUAAUAUUGCUGAUGUACUGGCACUAUUAAAAAUGCCAUUUAAAGAAAGGCUGAACAUUUUUAUUAUAUGUUUGAUUUAUUUACACCAAAGAAUCUUAUGAUAAUUUUCCAUUCAACAAAAUUUGAUUCAUUCCAAUAUGAAAAUAAACUGAAUUUUGAUGGCUAUACAUGACAGUAUAAAAUCAAAUUAAAUCAGAGCAAUAAGUUGUGAUUUUAUUAAACAUUUUGUUGAAAUCUUUUUGGCACAUGUUUAUUACUUAUAUAAUUGAGUCUUGAAGCAACCCACCUGAAACUUCUCUCUAGAGUAGAGAUAUUUAUUUUAUGAAAUUAGCAAAGCUAUGGGAAGUAAAAGUACCCCUACCGCUCUGACACGCACACAUACGAAAAUUUGGGGAAUUUGCUUAUAUUUUUAAUGCCCUUUUUAUAUCUUAAGAAUUGUUAGCUUAGGAAUAUAUGUAUGUAUAUAUUAUAGUAUGACCAAAAAUGUAUUAUGUCUAAAAUAUUUAGGGAUAUGAAUGUUGAAGAUUUUGAGAAAUUAUUUUUUUGCUCAUUCACGCACAUAUACACAUACGCACACACAUACCCCAGAGGUUUAAAAAAAAAAAUUAACUGCAAGAUUUUUUUCCCCUGGAUUUCUCUAGAUCUAUUUUUAAUUUUUCUUCUAGGCCUAAACAUCAUGAGUCUCAGUAAAACUUUUGGCUUAUAGUACACAUUUGAUUAAAACCCAUAACCCUGGGCCUCUGGGAAUUCAAUGUAAAAAGUCUAUUCCAGUCUGCCCCAUUCUUUGGUGUUGGGUCUUAUAUAUUAUAAAUCCAGUUGUCUGGUGUUCUCAGAGACAAUGGAAGCCUAUCAAGAAUGGACUGUGCCUUUUACCUCUCAGGGAUUGCUCUGAAGAAAGAAAGAGUAACUGCACAUCUCAAGGGCCCUUUCAGUCUCAUUAUUCUUUCAUUCCACAUAUGCAGCAGCAUUUUGCCUAGAAAUGAGCUGGCUUCUUGGCACUCAAAUGUACCAAUUUGCUCAACAACAAUGGCUCUUUCAUUUUUUUUAAAUUGAAGUUAAAUAAACUAUUUCUACCUAUAGACCUAGGAUAAUUCUACAUGUGCCAUUGUGAAAAUAGACACCAUAGGACUUUCCAAUAAACCUGUAUACUCAAUUUCUGUACUAGAACCAUCUACCCAUCAAAUCUAAUUUCAACUACUUGAUAUUUGUCCCAGGUUUUUUUAUUUUUAAGGCAACUGACAGUGCCAAGCCAUUUUGUCACUUUAAGAUUUUCCAUUCUCCAGAGAGCAAGCUUUUAGAAGGAUAACACUUAACUGUAACUUUUCAAUCUGACAGAUUUGUCACUUACCUAUUCAACUCCUCAGUCAGUUGUCUUUCCUUCAAGAUUUUAAGUACGUAGAUAAUUUAGCUCUUGUACAGGCUUGUAAUAUAGUUCGUUAGAGAAGUGGGAGGAGAAAAAGAAAAGAAGCAAACCAAUGAUGUUCUCCUGAGUUCAUGGUGUGACAACUGCUCAUUCUAUUCCAUAGAUGCGGGUUACUGCCCUGUUUGUUCGCAGUUCAAGCCCACAAUUAGCAAUUGAAUGGCUGUUACAGGAAUCAUGCCGAUAAACAUGAUACAUUGCAGCCAUACAGACACUUUAAAUUCUUUUUAUAACUAACCCAUAUACUGAAAGAGAUUUAUAAUUUAGAGAUAAUAUCCCCAUUAGUAAAGUUUAUGACCCAAUAAACAGCUCCCACUAGUUAAUAAAUGCCAAGGCCAUAAAAACAAAGACUAUUAGUGUAAUAGAAUUCAUGUACCUCUCUUUUGCUGGUGGUCUCAAGGCACUGAAGGGAAAUGCUAUCUGAGGAAAAACAUUUAUUCCUGUUAUGUAAAUAUCAAUGAAUUGUCUUACAAUCCAUCUGGAAAUCUCCCAGCUCCCCUUGGUCCUAGGUGGUCCAGAAACGCUCAUGUGUUCUGCUUAGAUUUCAAGCAGAAGAUAACUCUGGUUUUUAGCACAAAUAAACGCUGUGACUCAAAUCUUUGGGGGAGGUGGGAGGACAGCUAUAGUUUUCUGCCUCUUCCUUCUGAAAAAGAGAAACCCCAAUUAUUGUCAUUAUUCCAGGUGACUCUUUUUUUUUAAAGUUUCACAACCCUUGCAUAUACUUAUAUUUCUAGCUGCUAGCAUUUUCUCCUUUUGACUGAAAAGCAAGUGCUGCCUGUGGAUGUCUGGGUGAGUUGAAGGUUAAUACAGGCAAAUCUUUCAUACCAAGAACUGGUUGAUUUUUAGUAUUCCUGAAACUGUGGGAAUGAUUGAUAAAGUCAUUUGAAAGCCCAAAUCAAAUCUUUUCCUAAGAAACUGAUUAAACGCUGUUGAAGUUCA